AUGGACACGAGGUUCACUCGAGGUAAAUCCAACAUCUUGGAGCGACCCCUGACCCGACCCAAGACUGAGGUCAGCGUGAGCACUUUUGCCCUCCUGUUCUCAGAGAUGGUCCAGUACUGUCAGAGCCGCGUGUACUCUGUGUCUGAGCUGCAGACACGCCUGGCAGACAUGGGCCAGAGUGUGGGAGCCAGCAUGCUGGACGUGCUGGUGCUGAGGGAGAAGAACGGGAAGAGGGAGACCAAAGUGCUGAAUAUGCUGCUCUUCAUCAAGGUUAAUGUCUGGAAGUCUUUGUUCGGGAAGGAGGCUGACAAGCUGGAGCAGGCCAACGAUGAUGACAAGACGUAUUACAUCAUAGAAAAGGAGCCACUUAUCAAUGCGUACAUCUCUGUGCCCAAGGAGAACAGCAGCUUGAACUGCGCUGCCUUCACCGCGGGCAUCGUGGAGGCCAUCCUCACACACAGCGGCUUCCCUGCCAAGGUCACUGCCCACUGGCACAAAGGCACCACGCUGAUGAUAAAGUUUAACGAGUCAGUCAUAGCCAGGGACAAGGCUUUGGACGGCAGAUAAGGAAGACUGGAGACAGUGGGUGGUUACAUUAAUCAAUACAGGUUGAAGAUAAAUCAUCCAGGUCCAGGCUAGUGUUUGUUCCUGACUCAAUGUCCUUGUGGUAACCGAUGAGACGGGGUGACUUUAUGGAUGGAGGGAUGACUGCACCAUACUGAGCCACGUCUCGAGCAGAAAACACGCAGCUAGUUGGUUCAAUUAGACGAAUCAAUCAACGAAUCAAUUCAUUCGAAAACAUAAUCGACUGAUUAUUUGAUAAUGAAAGUAACGGCGAGGUGCAGGCAUUGCCUCAUAGGGUGAAGGUGAAACUCAUCAAAAACAACUCACUAAAUGGUGGCCAACUAAUUGGAGCGUCCCUGGUUUCUAUAAUGUCAAUAAAAAUUAGUGUCACAAUACCUCCUUUUAAUGCUACGAAAUAUUUUAUUUUACAGAGGGGAGUCCAGGCUCAUGAGGUUAUUUCUCAAAGUUUUUGUUUUCUCUGUUUCUUUCCAGUUCAACUCCAGCUGCAUGUUUCAUCUCUAAAAUAGAUUCAUAAUCAGGGCCGUAGCUACAAUUGACGACACUGAGGUCUUAUCCUCACUAUUUUUGUUGUAUUAUAUUUUAUUAUAUUUUUUAUUAUUGUGUGUGUGUGUGUGUGACUUUGUGAUUAUUAGUAACAUAGGGGAGUUUACAUUCUAUAAUUUAAAAAAAAACGUACACAUGGUGUUUUUCAAGCUGACGCCAAUAUUUUUAGAUGCAGCAUUUUGACAAAUUUGAUUACCAGCGAAAUAAUAAAUAAAUAAAUAAAUAAAUAAAGGCUUCAGCAUUUCUCCACCAGAAUUUUUUAUUACUGGCAGCAUGAAGGAAGGCUUCGAAACACCGUUUAGACCGUCAGGUUGGGAAAUUUACAGAAUAUAUAGUCGAACUGUCAACUCAAUAAAUAAAAUGUGAAAAAUCCAAGUGAUGAAUGAAAUGCAGAACUUUUUGGUUUCUGGUAAAAAUAAAGUGUGUGAGGGUGGAGCAUCCUGGUGACCAGUGCAAUACCAGUGUGUCCAGUUUGAUUCCAGCUGGGGAAUUUUUGUUGCAUGACAUACACCCCCCCACAUUUCCUGUCUGUCUCUUACUGUUUCCUCCUGUUUCCAGUCUUUGUGCUAAGCUAAGCUAACUGGCUGAUGGCUGUAAAUUCAUAUUUACCGUACAGACAUGAGUGUGCUGUCAGCCUCGUUGUCUAACUCUGCAAUAAAGCAAAUAAACAAAAUGUUGAACUGUUCCUUUUGGGGGGGGGCUCAUGACCUCAGGUUAUCUACAGUGUUGGCUACGGCCCUGCUCAUACUAUGUUUCUUGUGCUUGUUAUUGUUGAUGGCAUUGUUUAUUUGUCUGUUAAUCUUGAAUGAAACUGUAAGAAAAUAAAAAUGUGAAAUGGCA